ACCCAACACAACAACACAUUCUUCUUGUGUUACUAGUACUCUCUCUCUCUCUCAGACUGUUCUAUUUUCUACUAGUACUUUGGUAUAGUACGUACGAGGAUCCUGUUCUUUUUUAAGAUCUUCAAUUUGAAGGUAAAACGAGUUUAUGUAUGAGUGUUUUAUGAAUGGGGUUUGUUGUGAAAAGAAAGAAGAAAGAAUUAGAAGAAAAAGGAAAAGUAGAGAUCAUGCGCAAGUCUUACAAAGAUUCUCUCAAAACUCUUGAAGCUGACAUCCAUUUUGCCAAUACACUAGCUUCUGAUUAUCCAAGUGAUCUGGAUGGAGCUUGCCUUCAGAUGAGAUUGUCUUAUAGCCCAGCUGCCCAUUUCUUUCUUUUUCUUGUUCAGUGGACUGACUGUCAUCUUGCCGGAACUUUAGGAUUGCUGAAAAUUCUUAUAUACAAGGCAUACAAGGAUGGGCAGACAACCAUGUCUAUUUAUGAAAGAAAAGCCAGUUUGAAGGAGUUCUAUAGUAAGUGUGUGGUGUUUCCCUCUUUAUUGCAACUUCACAGAGGAAUCACCGAUGUUGAAGAUAGGAAACAAAAACAUCUGUGUGCUACUAAGUACAAACCUAAAAAUGUGGUAGAUAAAGGAAAGAGCUCUGAAAUUGAUACAGAGAGAGAAGUAGAAGAAUGUGAUAUUUGCAUGGAGAUGAACACCAUGGUUGUAUUGCCUAAUUGCAAUCAUUCAAUGUGUAUGAAAUGCUACCGAGACUGGCAUGGAAGGUCUGAAUCGUGCCCUUUCUGUCGAGACAGUCUAAAAAGAGUGAACUCUUGUGAUCUUUGGAUGUACAUGAGCAGCAAUGAGAUAGAUGAUAUUGCUUCAAUCAACAAGGAGAAUUUAAAAAGACUAUUUAUGUACAUAGAAAAGUUACCUCUUGUUGCUAGACCAUAUAUUCACAUGAUAUCAUCACAUGUUGUGGUUGCCUCUUAGUAGAAGGAAGCUCAUUCAAACUUAAUAUUUGUAAAUACCUGUUACAUUGUGAUUGCAAUAUUCCUUUAAUUUAUUCUCAUUUUAUAGGAA